UUGACAGCGGCCAUGCAGUCAUCAUGCGGGAAAGGAAGAUCGAGCGUCAUGGGAAUCCCGCAAAAGGCUCCUUGGCGCAUUACAGUACACUCCAUUGCCAGAUCGCUUCAAGUUACUAGUGCAAAACACAGCCAGCAGCCCCAGUGCAAGGAUAGAAUUCAAAUCCCCUGAUACCCUGAACUUCCAAGUUUGCGCCGUUCCCGCUUCCACACCGAUACUAGUCUCAGCCUCAUUCAGUCGCCAUCCCGAGGACAUUCCGUCCACUCACGCAACGCACCACAAUAGCGGCACCCGCCAAAUGGACUCCCUACCCAACGCCACCGAGGCGGAAAUGUCGCUGUCUCCGCAGGAAGUUGAUCUCCUCCGUGAAGCAUACUUGAAGGAGGAAAAGUCCCGCCCGCAGACAAAGUUCAACUAUGCUUGGGCGCUAGUGCGAAGCCGCGCUAGGACUGACCAGGAGAAGGGGAUCGAGCUUUUGCACGAAAUUUACAAAGAAGUCCCCAGCCGUCGUCGUGAAUGUCUCUAUUACCUAGCAUUGGGAGAGUACAAGAUGGGCAAUUAUCGCUAUGCCCGCAAGUACAACGAAACCCUCCUCCAACUGGAGACGAGCAAUCGGCAGGGGCUGCCUCUUAGACAGUUGAUUGAUGCAAAAGUCAAGUCUGAGGGACUCGUGGGAAUGGCAAUUGUAGGGGCAGCGGUCGCGGCGCUUGGGAUACUCACCGCGACGGUCUUCAGGAGAGCACCGGGGGACCACAGAUAGCCAUGUGGAAGUGAUGGACGUCGCCAUAAUGUCCCGCGGAGCCAUCCAGUCCGAGGCUCAAAUCGGCAAGAUUUCAACUG